AUGGUUCGCGGACCGAAGCACCACCUGAAGCACCUUGCUGCCCCUAGCUCGUGGAUGCUGGACAAGCUGUCCGGCACCUACGCCCCGCGCCCGAGCACCGGUCCUCACAAGCUCCGUGAGGCUCUUCCUCUGGUGAUUCUGCUGCGCAACCGCUUGAAGUACGCCCUCACUGGCCGUGAGGUGCAGUCCAUCACGAUGCAGCGCAUCAUCAAGGUCGACAACAAGAUCCGUACGGACCCGACCUACCCGACCGGCUUCCAGGACGUCGUGUCGAUUGACAAGUCGGGCGAGCACUUCCGCAUCCUCUACGAUGUGAAGGGCCGCUUCGUUGUGCACCGCAUCACCGCUGAGGAGGCUCAGUACAAGCUGCUGAAGGUGAAGCGCGUCCAGCUGGGUGCCAAGGGCGUGCCGCAGAUCGUGACCCACGACGGCCGCACUCUCCGUUACCCCGACCCGCUCGUGCGCGUCAAUGACACCGUCAAGUAUGACCUGGUGAACCAGAAGAUGGUCGACUUUAUCAAGUUCGACACCGGCGCGCAGGUCAUGGUGACGGGUGGCCGCAACAUUGGCCGUGCUGGCCAGCUGAUCCACGUGGAGCGUCACCACGGUGGCUUUGACAUUGUGCACAUCCGCGACCCUGCCGGCCGUGAGUUCUCGACGCGUCUCAGCAACAUUUUCGUCAUUGGCGACAGCGAGAAGCGCUGGAUCUCGAUGCCCCGUGGCGGUGGUGUCAAGCUUACCAUCACUGAGGAGCGUGACCUGCGCCGCAAGCAGCGCGAGGAGUAA